AAUCAGUACAUGCGGUAAAGCAUGCUUGUUAUACUCACUGUGGACCCUAAGGGAUUAAUCCUACGCAGUGUGAGAAAAGGCUGUUUUAUCCUGACUUCUCUGAUCCUCCCCUACUUCCAGUGUCUCCCUCUUAUCUCCUGAUAAGAUGUAUCGUGUGGAGACACUCUGCACAUGCUCAGUUUGGUGUGUAUUGCAAGAGAGGGUUUUUUUUUUUUGUGAGAGUGCAUGUGAUCAGCACAGGGCCAAUCAGCACUGUCCAGACAGAGAGGUCAGG